AUGUACUCAUAUGCGACAACUAAUUAUUCAAAAAUAGCAGUGAAAUCGUACGAAAUUAAUGAUAAAGUAUUGUGCAGACACAUUGACAAUUUGUAUUAUGAGGCGAAAAUUAUUGCUGUCGAACAAUCAGAUAAUGAAGCAGUCUACACUGUCCAUUAUCAAGGUUGGAAUCAGCGUCAUGAUGAAAAAAUCCCACACAAUGCAACUUUAGAACGAUUUCUCGAAUAUACUCCUGCUAAUAUCGAAAAAGCGAAGACAGAGUUGAAAGAUGCACAGGCCCGUGUUUUACAGUCAAAAAGGAAAGGCAAGAAACAUCUAAGCGAUGAAAAAAAAGGUGGUACUGAUAGUCGCGGAAGCACUCCGUCCGAUAAACGUGGUGCAUCUUCGAGUCGAGCAGCUAGCGUUACAUCCGAGAAAUGUUAUCUUUUACGGAUUAUUUUACUGGGUAGCUCAGCCGUUAGUCAAGGCCGAAAACGAAAAUCAGCACAAACUGGCGAUACUGAACCUAUUGUUGAUUUUGUGCGCAAAAAUGAAAUUAAGAUCGAGAUGCCUCUAGUGCUGAAAGAAAUUUUGGUUGAUGAUCAGGAUAUGAUUGUACGGCAAAUGCAUAUUCCUCGAAUUCCUGCUCGAUUCACUGUUUCAGACAUUAUUCGGCAAUAUGCGGAGUAUAUGGGAAAUUCUCUCGAAGCAAAAGAAUCAUUAUUAUUCGAACUUGGAGGUGAUGAAACGCAAAUGAAGAGCACAAUUGUGACGAUGAUUGAAAGCAGUUAUGGAAUGCGAGAUUAUUUCAAUUCUACUCUUGGUUCGCAGUUAUUAUAUAAAUUUGAAAGGCCUCAGUAUACUGAUCUUCUGGCAGAAUUUGAAAGUAAAGAGGAUGUUACUAAACCAUCUUCUACAAAGAAAGCGAAAAGUUCUUCUCCUGAAACUGAGGAUAAAUUCAAACCUUCUGAACAGUAUGGCUUUAUUCACUUAUUACGAUUAUUCGUCCGAUUUGGGAGUAUGUUGAGUUUGGCAACAUGGACUGAUCGAGCGGUUCAAACAAUAGUCGGCCAUGUACAUAAUUUUUUAAAAUUUCUUGAAGUUAACCGGCAUAAAUUUUUUGAUCUUGAAACCGAUUAUAUUGUAUCGACGCCAGAAUAUCAAAAACGUGUUUGGAAUUCAUAG